GCCGGCGCGGGACGCCAGGGAGGGACCAGGAUGCCCCCUGCAAUGAGGCGGUCAGCCUGGAGCUCCGGAUGGCUGUGGGUUUUGGGGGCAGCCUUGGGGCAGUGUCUGGGAUACAAUUCACAGCAGCAAAGGGUAGAACGCCUUCAGCCUCCGGGUCGAAGUCAACUGCAAGCAAGCUAUGCGGAGUUUAGACCCAGCCAGGGCUGUAGCUCUGGAUACUAUCGGGAUGACAACAGCUUGUAUGCUGGACGCUGUGUUCCCUGCAAUUGUCACGGACAUUCACAUCGAUGUCAGGAUGGCACGGGAAUAUGCAUUAACUGUCAGCAUAACACCGCGGGGGACCACUGUGAGCGCUGCAAGGAGGGUUACUAUGGGAACGCCGUCCUCGGACACUGUAGUGCCUGCCCGUGUCCUCACACCAACAGCUUUGCCACCGGCUGUGUCGUGAAUGAGGGGGACGUGAGGUGCUCCUGCAAACCCGGGUACGCAGGAACUCAGUGUGAGAGGUGUGCACCAGGAUAUUUUGGGAAUCCCCAGAAAUUUGGAGGUAGCUGCCAACCAUGCAAUUGUAACAGCAAUGGCCAGUUGGGCAAUUGUGACCCCGUGACGGGAGAUUGCAUCAACCAGAACCAAGAACUCAAAGACAGCAGCCCGACAGAAGAAUGUGAUGAUUGUGACAGCUGCGUGAUGACCCUCCUGAAUGACCUGGCCACGAUGGGUGAGGAGCUCCAGAUGGUCAAGUCGCAGCUGCAGGGUCUGCGCGCCAGCACAGGUGCUCUGGAGCAGAUGAGGCACCUGGAGACCCAAGUCAAGGAGCUGAGGAAUCGGUUGCUCAACUACCGCUCUGCCAUUUCAAGUCAUGGAUCCAAAAUAGACGGCCUGGAGAAGGAACUGAGUAAUUUGAAUGGUGAAUUUGAAACUCUGCAAGAAAAGGCUCAACUAAAUUCCAGAAAAGCACAAACGUUCUAUAACAAUCUUGAUCAGACAACCCAAAGAGCAAAAGAGCUGGACACGAAGAUUCAAAGCGUCAUCCGGAACGUGCACAUUCUCCUGAAGCAGAUCUCGGGGGCAAACGGAGACGGAAACUACUUGCCUUCGGGAGAUUUUUCUAGGGAGCUGGCUGAGGCUGAGCGCAUGAUGAGGGAGCUGCGGAACCGGGAUUUUGGAAAGCACCUGAGAGAAGCAGAAGCCGCAAAGAGAGAGGCUCAGCUCUUGCUGAACCAGAUAAGAAACUGGCUGGCAACCCACCAAGAGGAUGGCAAUGGACUGGCUAAGAGUAUGUGGGAUUCAUUAAACGAAUACGAAGCCAAACUUGGUGACCUGCGGGCUAUGCUGCAGGAGGCAGCUGCCCAAGCAAAGCAGGCCACUGGCCUCAACCAAGACAAUGAGGAGACGUUGGAAGCCAUCAAGAGACGCGUGAAGGAAACCAGCUCCCUGCAGAGUGACUUCACCAAGUUUCUGGCCACUGCAGACUCUUCUUUGCUGCAGACCAACAUUGUGCUACAGCAGAUGGAGAAAAGCCAGAAGGAAUAUGAAAAAGUUGCUGCCACUUUAAAUGAAGCAAGACAAGAACUAAGUGACAGAGUGAGAGAACUUUCCAGAUCCACCAGCAAAGCAUCCCUGGUGGAGGAGGCAGAGAAGCACGCUCAGUCUUUACAGGAGCUGGCGAAGCAGUUGGAAGAGAUCAAGAGGAACACCAGUGGGGAUGAGCUGGUGCGCUGUGCCGUGGACGCUGCCACUGCCUACGAGAACAUCCUCAACGCCAUCAAAGCGGCCGAGGAUGCCGCCAACAAGGCCAGCAGCGCGUCUGAGUCCGCCCUCCAGACGGUGAUAAAGGAAGAUCUUCUAAGAAAAGCUAAAGCCCUGAGUUCCGACAGUGAUCAACUGCUAAGCGAAGCCAAGAAAACGAAGAAGAAGCUACAGCAAGAAAUCAACCCAGCUCUCAAUAACCUAAAGCAAACCUUGCAGAUGGUGACGGUUCAGAAAGAACUGAUAGACACCAACCUCACGGCUCUGCGUGCGGAGCUUCACGGGAUACAGAGAGGUGACAUCGAUGAGAUGAUCAACAGUGCAAAGAACAUGGUCAGAAAGGCCGACGACAUCACAAGUGAGGUUCUGGACGGGCUCAACCCCAUCCAGAAAGAUGUGGAGCGGAUUAAGGAUACUUACGGGAGUGCGCGCAGCGAAGACUUCAACAAGGCUCUAACUGCUGCAGAUAGCUCAGUGAAAAAAUUAACCAGAAAACUGCCUGAUCUUCUGAGCAAGAUUGAAAGUAUCAACCAACAGCUGUUACCCCUGGGAAACAUCUCUGACAAUGUGGACAGAAUACGAGAGCUGAUUCAGCAGGCCAGAGACGCCGCAAAUAAGGUCACUGUCCCCAUGAGAUUCAACGGGAAAUCUGGCGUGGAGGUCCGCCUCCCCAGCGACCUGGACGAUUUGAAAGGAUACACAUCUCUGUCUCUGUUUCUCCAAAGACCUGACUUGAGAGAAAACGGAGGCACCGAGGACAUGUUUGUGAUGUACCUUGGAAAUAAAGAUGCCUCCAAGGACUACAUUGGCAUGGCAGUCAUAGAUGGGCGGCUCACGUGUGUCUACAACUUGGGAGAGCGUGAAGCUGAACUGCAGGUGGACCAGAUCUUGACGGAGAGUGAAACUCAGGAGGCAGUUAUGGACCGGGUGAAAUUUCAGAGAAUUUAUCAAUUUGCAAGACUCAAUUACACCAAAGCAGCCACAUCCAAUAAACCAAAACCACCUCAGUUCCAUGACAUGGAUAGUGGAAAUAGCAACACACUCCUUAAUUUGGAUCCAGAAAAUGUUGUGUUCUAUGUUGGAGGUUACCCAUCUGACUUUAUACUUCCCAGUAGACUAAGACUCCCUCGGUAUAAAGGUUGUAUUGAAUUAGAUGACCUUAAUGAAAAUGUUCUGAGCUUAUACAACUUCAAAAAAACUUUCAAUCUCAAUACAACUGAAGUGGAACCAUGUAGAAGGAGAAAGGAGGAGUCAGACAAAAAUUAUUUUGAAGGCACAGGCUACGCCCGAGUUCCAACUCUCCCAAAUGCCUCAUUCCUCACCUUUGGACAGACAAUUCAGACCACCGUGGAUACAGGUGUGCUGUUUUUUGCAGAAAACCAGGACCGCUUCAUCUCUCUCAACGUGGAGGACGGCAGUCUCAGGGUGCGGUACAAAUUGAACUCGGGGCCACCCAAAGAAGAAGGCAUUCGGGACACCAUCAACAACGGGAGGGACCAUUCGAUUCAAAUUGUCAUUGGAAAAGCCCAAAAACUGACGUGGAUAAAUGUGAAUUCUCAGAAAAUUAAGAUCGAAGGGGAAAUAUUUGAUUUCAGCACAUAUUACCUGGGAGGUAUUCCAAUUGCAAUCCGGGAGAGAUUAAACAUUUCUACACCUGCUUUCCGAGGCUGCAUGAAAAAUCUGAAGAAAACCAGUGGUGUGAUUCGGUUGAAUGACUCCGUGGGAGUAACCAAAAAGUGCUCAGAAGACUGGAAGCUCGUGCGAUCGGCCUCAUUCUCCAAAGGAGGACAUUUGAGUUUCUCUAAUUUGGACCUCCCGUGGCCCAACCACUACCAGGCCUCAUUUGGGUUUCAAACGUUUCAACCCAGUGGGAUAUUAGUGAACCAUCAGACACGGACAAGUAGCCUACAGGUCACUCUGGAAGACGGUCACAUUGAAGUGAGCACCAAGGAUAGUGGGAGCCCGAUUUUUAGAUCUCCACAGACGUACAUGGAUGGCCAACUGCACUACGUGUCUGUAAUAAGUGACAGCUCUGGCCUGCGGCUUCUCAUUGAUGAUCAGCCUCUGAGAAGUAGCCAAAAGCUACAAGGCUUUUCAAAUUCCCAACAAUCUCUGCGCCUGGGCGGGAGUUAUUUUGAGGGUUGUAUCAGCAAUGUUUUUGUCCAGAGAUUAUCACAGAGCCCGGAAGUCCUAGAUCUGGCCAGCAGAUCUACCAAGCGAGAUGUGGCCCUGGGAGGCUGCAGUUUAAACGAACCACCUUUCCUAAUGUUGCUUAAAGGUCCUACAAGGUUUAACAAGACCAAGGCUUUCAGUAUCAACCGGCCGAUGCGGGACACACCAGUGGCCUCCCUGAAGAGCAUGGAGGUGUGGCAAGAUGGCAAGUCCUGCCCGCCACUUCCCAGGGCCCAGGACAGUCAUGGAGCCUUCCGGUUUGGGGACAGUCCCACCAGCCACUUACUCUUCAAGCUUCCCCAGGAAUUACUGAAACCCAGGUCACAGUUCUCCAUGGAUGUGCAGACGACAGCUUCCGGAGGGCUGGUGUUCUUCGCAGGCUCUAGGAAUUCUUUCCUGGCUCUUUACCUCUCAAAAGGACGGCUGGUCUUUGCCCUGGGGACACAAGGGAAAAAACUGCGGCUCAAGAGCAAAGAGAAAUGCAACGACGGCCAGUGGCACACGGUGGUGUUUGGGCAAGAUGGAAGUAAGGGACGCUUGGUUGUGGAUGGCCUGAAGGCACGGGAAGGAAGACUGCCUGGAAAUUCCACUGUCAGUGUCAGAGCCUUGGUUUACAUGGGAGCAUCUUCAUCCGGAAAACCCAAGAGCCUCCCCCAAAAAAGCUUCGUAGGAUGCCUAAAGAAUUUCCAGCUGGACUUAAAGCCCUUGGGCACCCCUUCUGCAAACGUCGGGGUGUCUCCCUGCUUGGGUGGCUCUUUGGAGGAAGGCAUUUAUUUUUCCCAAGGAGGAGGAGCUCAUGUUGUCCUGGCCAACUCUGUGUCACUGGGGCCAGAGUUUAAGCUCGCUUUCAGCAUUCGCCCCAGAAGUCUCACUGGAAUCUUAAUACACGUCGGAAGUCAACCCGGGCAACACCUGAGUGUCUAUAUGGAGGCAGGACAGGUCACGGCCUCUGUGGACAGCGGAGCAAGUGCGAUCUCAACAUCGGUCACACCAAAGCAGUCUCUGUGUGAUGGACAGUGGCACUCUGUGGCAGUCACCAUGAAACAUCACACCCUGCACCUGCAGCUGGAUGCAGACAGCAGCUCCACAGCCGGGCGGCUCACCUUCCCACCGGCCAGCAUGCACAAGCCACUGCACAUCGGAGGUGUCCCAGCCCAUUUGCAGCCCCUGAAGCUGCCGGUGUGGAGAUCCUUUUUUGGCUGUCUGAAGAACAUUCAAGUCAACCACAUCCCUGUCCCUGUCACAGAAGCCUCGGAAGUCCAGGGGCCUGUCAGUCUGAGUGGCUGCCCUGACCACUAACGUGAGCCUAUUACACCACAAGGAAAUUUACGUUGAAAAGCACCAGUUCCCCGGCGUGCCUCUCUCCCCUAUGGGAGAUGCUUCCUGACUCAAGACAUCCCCUGGAUGGGCGUAACAGCCAACCUCGUUUUGAAUUCCAAUCACAUAUACCCACCAUUCUAGCAUGCAGUGCUACGUAUGUAUUUUAUAUAAAAAUCCCUUUUCUUGAAGAACAAGUUGUUAUUCCAAAAUGCACAAAAUGUGGUAAUAUUAUUUUCCACUGAAAACGUCCAUUAAAGAGCAUUAUUUCCCACUUGUUAAAAAAUUAAA